GUUUGUUUAUCUGAACAGGAAACAUGGCGGCUGCCGGGGCUGGGAAGGUGGCGGGCACAGUUGUCGGAGCUGUAGUAAAACCAAUCUUCAGUCGGGAUUUGGCUGAAGCCAAACGGCACGUGAGAGAAUUAUAUAGAACUUGGUACCGCGAAAUCCCAAAUACUGUGCAUACGUACCAGCUGGAGAUUACAGUGAAACAGGGGCGUGAUAAAGUACGAGAGUUGUUCAUGAAAAAUGCCCAUGUUACAGAUCCCAGAAUUAUUGAUUUGCUUGUUAUUAAGGGAAAAAUGGAAUUCCAAGAAACAAUCAAUGUGUGGAAACAAAAGACCCAUAUAAUGAGAUUUUUUCAUGAGACAGAAACACCACAACCCACGGAUUUCCUAUCCAAGUUCUACAAGGGCCACGAUCCUUGAACUAAAUCAUCAAUAGAGAAUAAUGACUCUAUUUCUGUUCCAAAUAAAUGCCUUUAUCUUACUAUUCUUCAGCAAGAAAGUAUUCAAGUAGGCAUGCAUUAUUUAUAUUGAUUCUGAGUAACUGGUGCUAUUUCAUCCUGGAUUCAUUUUGCAAAAUCUACUUUACUAUAGUUAAGUAUAUUGUAUCACUUCCACAGCAAUUAAUGUCUUAAAUAAUAUAUAACACUGCAAUCUAAAAA